CCAUGCAAGAAAGCAUACGUUUUGCUUCAUCAGGAGAUGAUGUUAAAAUAUGGGAUUUUUCAUCUCUAACUGUGGUGGAGCAGUUCAACCCACAUACACCCUCACAUCCAGUCAGCUCGCUAUGUUGGGCCAGCAAUAAUAGAUACCUAGCCACUGCUUCUGCUGCUGGUGAUAAAAUUGUUGUUUCAAGCUGUAAAAGCAAACCUGUUCCACUCUUUGAAAUAGCUGAAGGAGCAAAACAGACAUGUGUGAGCUUGAAUUCUAGUUCUUCUUAUAUUGUGAGUGGAGGCCUUGAUAACACGGUUAAUAUCUGGGAUCUGAAAUCCAGAAAGGUUUACCGAAGCCUUAAGGAUCAUAAAGAUGAAGUGACGUGUAUAACAUAUAAUUGGAAUGAUUGUUACAUUGCUUCUGGAUCCUUGAGUGGUGAAAUUAUUCUACACAGUGUUACCACCAAUUUAUCAAGUACUCCCUUUGGUUAUGACAGCCGUCAGCCUAUUCGACACUUGAAAUAUUCAUCCUUUAAGAAAUCCUUGCUGGGCAGUGUUUCCGACAGUGGAAAUGUAACUCUGUGGGAUGUAAACAGCCAGAACCCAUAUCAUAAUUUUGAAAAUACUCAUAAAGCACCAGCUUCAGAAAUCUGCUUUUCUCCAGUCAAUAAGCUGCUGCUUGUAACUGUAGGUUUGGAUAAAAGAAUUAUUCUCUAUGACACAUCAAGUAAAAAAUUGCUGACAACUAUAGUAGCUGACUUUCCUCUGACAACAGUAGACUUCAUGCCUGAUGGCACUACUUUGGCUAUAGGAUGUUCCCGGGGAAAAAUCUGCCAGUACGACUUAAGACAACUGACAUCACCAGUGAAAACAGUUGUUGCUCACAAAGGCUGUGUGAAGUGCAUACGUCUGCAGUUCAGUAGCGCUUUUUCCAAGUCUAACCUUACAGGUUCUUCAAAUAAACCUGUAUCCAAAAGAGUAGAAGGCAAAGCUGGUAGUAAUCUUGGAGGAAUUCAAAAUAUUGGCAUCAAAAAUGUUUCCCCUCAAGCUUCAGCAACAGUUUCAUCUCAUCUGACAUUACCAAAUGAGAAUAAGGGAGGAGAGAUUCUUCUGGAGAAAACAGGCUUUCCCCAUAGUUGCAGCUUGGAUGUGAUUCCAUCUAAAGAAACAGAUCAUGGGAAAAGUGCUGAUUUAAAUAAUUUUGAUUUGGGUCGAAGUAGUUUAGGAGAUGUGUUUUCUCCAGUCAGAGAUGAUAUUAUUGCAAGCAAAGUGAAUGAAGAUCCUCAGGGAAAAGGAGAUGGUCUGGAUUUUCAGUCCUACCUUUUGGGUUUGGAUUUUCUCCCACAGCUCACCACUGCCUUUCCAGUAAAAAGAAACCCAGUGGGCAGUAGUGCACAAGGGAAACAGUCUAACCCAUUACAUGCACUUGUGGGAUCUCCAGUUAAAGAAGAGGACGAACAUCCAGAGACUGACACUAAGAAAAUAAAUCUUGGCAAACAAGAAUCUAAAGAAAUCUUAAAGCAGCUUUCAAAAUCAAGCUCAUCAAGCACAGAAUCUGUAACUUUAAGUCCUCCACCAUCAUCUGCUGCUGUAAAGGCUCCUGAUACAAAUGAGAGACUAGUGAAGAAUAUUCAGGCCCAUCCUGCAUAUGAUCUACCAGUAAAUGGUACUACCUCCAUAAGUCCAAAGAUAACAUCACCUGUCACUGCUGGAAUUGCCAGUUCAUUGUCAGAAAAAAUAGUAGAAACUAUUGGGAGUAGCAGACCAAAUGCACCUCUGACAUCAAUUCAAAUAAACUUCAUUCAGAAUAUGAUACAAGAAACAAUGGAUGACUUCAGAGAAGCAUGUCAUCGAGAUAUUGUUAAUUUGCAAGUGGAGAUGAUCAAGCAGUUCCAUAUGCAGCUGAAUGAAAUACACACUUUACUUGAAAGAUAUUCUGUAAAUGAAAGCUUAGUAGCUGAAAUUGAGAGACUACGAGAGGAAAAUAAAAGACUGAGGACUCACUUCUGAAAGAUUUACACUGCUAAUUUUAUUAGCAUGAACUC